AUGGCAGCAAAUGCAGGUGUUCGCGAUGGAGAGUUUGUCAAGUUCAAGGACUGGGACCUUCCUGGAGAAGACCAGGCCUACCUCCCCAACCUAAAAGGCAAUGUCUCCGAACUCAAAAGGAAUACUCUUGAGAAACAAGGAAACUUGUUUCUUGCAUUCAACACCAAUGGCUGGAUCAAAUCAUGGGCUGUUCUCGACUACAGUAAAUUCGAAAGGUCAACCGGCUCCGAUCUCUACGUUCGAGUAGAAUAUCCCGGGUGGUACUUUGUACAAGGCAAGGACUCCCCUUACAAUGACAUAGAGCAGAUCAAGGAUGUCAGCACUGCGACCGCGCUGCGGGAAACCGUGAUUGAAAAGUUCUCGGGCGAAAACAAAAUCGCAGCAUUUAAUACAGACGGCUGGAUCAAAAGCGCAGUCAAAUAUCCCCUCAGUAGCAUCUCAGGAGGUCAUAGCCUUUCGGGCAUUUAUAUUCGUCUCAAGUUUCUAGACUUUAACUUUUAUAUGGGAAAAGACUCCAACGGCAAUGAUGUCCAAGAAACUGCAUCCUACAAGGACGACAUUCCGCAGCUUAUCAAAAAGACAGAGGCUCUUUCCAAUUCUGGAGGCUUCAACACAGAUGGCUGGCACAAGAACAAGCUACUUCCGCCUCCUCCGCCGGACGCGCCGCAAUUGUUCCCGGAUCCUUGGCAGGGAAUCUACUACCGCACCUGCUGGCCUGAUUUUAUCCAUCUGCCAGGGCUGGACUCGCCAGGCAAUGACAUUCGCAAUGUCGGUGAUAAGCAGCUCUAUGAACUGCUUGAGGAGGCGCGCAAAGACUCUAGGGCAGUUGCUGCCAACACCGACGGCUGGUUGAAGAACACGCUAAUAAAGGAUGACCCCAGGGACUUUCCAGGAGCUGAGAUCCUGAAAGGCAUAUACAUCAAGUACAUUGACCCAGGGACAUGGAGCGGCAGCAACGUCGUUGAACGCUCUGGCACUCUGUCCGACGACCAAGAAUCCCUUCUUGGUACUGCCUUUUUCGCGCUCAAGGGAACCGUCAUCAUAUGGGCUCGGUGGCUUCUUAAGGAUGCCGGAACUAGGCAGGAAUAUAGCAAGGCCGUGGCCGCAGCUACCGACGAUAUACUGAAACGCAUAUCCACAGGCUCCCUCACGCCCGCCGCCGGUGCCGCGGAAGCCCACGCUAUGCGAAACAAUUUCUUGAUCGGGAUGCGGAACAAGACUUCCCCCAUAGGACUGUUGAUUGCGCGGUCUAUAAAGCCGGCUGGAGGUCAAUAUGACUACUACCUGAACAAAAACUCCAAAGUGAGGUAUAACAAAGAUUUCAAAGACCUUACAGAAGUAGAGGCUAGACAAGUAUCCGUCGAUACAAUCAGCAGUGCUGGACGUGCAAAUCCCAACGUUACUGCCUUGAUGCGGAAGGUGUCAUUCGUUUCCAAAGGCGUGUUCGUGGUUGCUGCCGCCGUAUCUGUGUAUUCCGUGGCCACAGCUCCACAAUGGGAGACAGAGCUGGGGAAGCAGGUCGUUUCAUGGUCCGGGGCCAUUGCAGCGGGAGAAUUGGGAGUUGGCGUCGGUACUUUGGUUGGCGGGCCUAUUGGUGCUAUCCUCGGUGGCAUCGCGGGAAGCAUCCUCGGAGGCUUGGGGUCGAGUGCCCUUGCAAACUGGUUCUUUGGCGGGUCGUCGGGCAAAGAGGCUGAAGCGCUGUUGGGCUCGGCAUUUGAACAGGCCUCCAAGUUGGCCGAGGGCAAGAUGGUCAAGGCCGAGUGCAAGUACUAUACUCACAUCCUUCGAGCGAAGCACACGGCUGAAUUUGCACUCGGCCAUGACGCUGCUGUUCAGGAAAUGGUUGACGAGAUUCCAGAAACGUCAAACUUGACAUCUGCGGCGCAGGAAGGUGGUGAUGAGGUCUUGGCUACCAUUGUUUGGAUCUUUGUUGAUGGUCGUGCUCUUCCAUCUAACGCAAGGAACCCUAAAGAUAUGGUAUCGCUGCUCGAAUAUGUGAAACGGAAUCUGCCCUAG